AUGGAUAUUGAUAGCAGUGACGAAGACAACGAAUUUAGCGACGAGGAUUGCAAUGUCGAUGAAGAAGCAGACUCUGAUUGGGAUUCGGAAGAUGAUAUCCCCCUAGGGAAACGGAUUUGGGAUGAAGAUUCAGACGAUGACGCUCCGCUCUCGACACGUAUUUGGAAGUCAUAUAGGGUAGAUGACACUGAAUUCAAAAAAUUUGAAUUUACCGUCCCACGACCCGGUUUUCAAAUACCACCCGAACAGAGGCCAUUGGAUCCACUUGGAUAUUUUCAAUUGUUCUUCACAGACGAACUGAUUAGCGAGAUUGUUGUUGCCACAAACGCAUAUUCACUUGAAAAAAUUAAUCGUAAACGACCUCUGCAACGCUUCUCGAUUUGGCAUGAUUGGGUUGAUGUUACGGUACCGGAAAUGAAGGCGUUCAUAGGAGUAAUUUUGAAUAUGGCUAUCAACCCGAAACCGGAAAUAGUUGACUAUUUUUCUGAAGAUUGGCUUUCCAAGAUGCCGUUUUUCACCGAUGUAUUUGCAAGAAAAAGAUUUCUACAAAUUUUUUGGAUGUUGCACCUACCUACGGGCACUACAACUUCAACGAAGACUCCAGGUUCGAAAACUCGUCACGUGUCGAAUCAAAUCAUGAACAAGUGUCAAGAAUAUUUCGUGCCGAACCAAAAAAUUGCGAUUGAUGAGAGUACAGUCGGCUUCAAGGGAAGACUGCUCUGGAAAUGUUACAACCCACAAAAGCCAACGAAAUGGGGCUUGAGAAUAUAUUGUUUGUGUGAUUCUGAGACCAGCUACAUUUAUUGCUUCGUAGUGUAUUACGGAAGCACAACAACAAACGGUUUAAUUAGAUCAGAUCAGCCAUUCACGUCCCGAAUAGUUUUACACCUUUACCUUAUCGAUAUGUUGUUGUCGAAUGCGAAAGGUACAGGCUACCAGUUAUACACGGACAGAUUUUACACUAGUCCCGACUUAGCGCUGGAGCUACACAAACUAAAACUGCAUAUAACUGGUACAGUGAAAACCAACCGAAAGAACCUGCCACCAAAUUUUAAAAAGCUCAAACUCAAAAAGUAUGAGGUCAAGGCGUACCAAAAGUGUUCAAAAAUUAUGGCAUUGUCUUUCUUUGACAAAAGAAUAGUGUCAAUGGUUAGCACAUGCCAUAAUCCAGACACCGAAUUGGUCAAACGGACUUUGAAAAAAGGAGUUUCUGAAACUUACCAAAAACCGAAGGUGAUCAUUGAUUACACUAAAAACAUGGGUGCCGUGGACAGAGCCGAUCAUUAUUGUGGUAGCUAUGCGUUUACACGAAAAACUGUGAAGUGGUGGCGAAAGUUGUUCUUUUGGUUAGUUGAAGUCGCAAUUGUCAAUAGCUUUCACCUUUGGACGAUUGACAGAACGGAGAAAAUGUUACAACCAAUGGAUCAUUUACAAUACAGGCGAAAAUUGAUUGAACAGCUUGUUGAAGGUUGCCGAAAUCGUUCACGCAAAAGAGGCCGCCCAUCGACAACCGAUGACGAAGAACGACUCAAUGGUAAGCCUCACUUCAUUGCGAAAAAGCCAAAGAAAGGUACGAAAGAUUGUGCCGUAUGUAGCAACAGAAAUAUUCCAGGUGGCCGAAAAGAAACCUCAUAUUUUUGUGAAACUUGCACCCGUAAACCUGGAUGUCAUCCAGGUAAAUGCUUCAAGGAUUAUCACACAAAAAAAAGUUAUAAGUGA